AGCAGCUGUUCGCCGCGAGAGGUUGUGGGAAGAAGCAGCAGCAGCAACAACAACAACGACGCAACAACUUCCACUUUAAAGCCGCCUCGUCGUCAACGAACGUUGAAGAGGUUAUUUUUAUAUUUAAUCAAACCUAAGUUUAUUGUCGCCGUUGAUUAGCGCACGUUACUUUGUCGUCGUUUUAAAACUAAAAUAAAACGGAAUUCAAGAUUCGGUGGCGUUUUUUGUUGAAGGGCGAUGUCCUGCGGCGGUGGUGGCGGCGGCGAUGGCGGCGGCGUCCUGCUGCUCGACUCUGGCGACCCGCUGCUGCGGCUGCAGCGCUCCGAGAUGGCGCUGCUGCAAACGACGCAGCAGUGGGCCUGCCGCCGCGUGCAGGCGGAGCGCGACUACGGCGAGGCCCUGAUGCAGGCGGGUGCCGUCGUGGGGCACGGCGGGGCUUGCGGAGAGGGUGGCGAGCUGGCGCAGGUGCUCGCGAGCCUGCUGUCGCAGACGGAGGCACUGGGACAGGCCAUGCGGCGCCGCGCGGAGGAGAUGAGCUCGGGUCCCAUGCGCCGUCUCUCCGAGCUGCUGGGUUCCCAGAGUCGGGCGCACGACGCGUACGCCGGCGCGCGCCGCUCGCUGGAGCGCGAGUUCGAGAAGGUGACCCGCACGGAACUGGAGAUGCUGAAGCUGCAGUACAGGCAGCAGGCGGCCGAGCUUAACUGCGCUCGGCAAAAAUUGCUGGACGUUUCCUCCAGAGGUCAAAAAGUUCCGCACGAUUCACUUCAACACGAAGGCCGCGUGGGGGACGGAGAGCUGGAGAGGGCGGAGCGCAAGGUGUCCCGCGCCACGCGCCGCCUGCACUGCGCCCACAACGAGUACGCUCUGGCGGUGCGGGGCGCCCAGCGACACGCUCAGAACCACCGCGACAGCACCCUGCCCUGCCUGCGCGACUCCCUGCAGCUCUCCGCCCACGACAGCCUGCUGCUCCUGAAGGAGGUGCUGCUGGCACUGCUGGAGGCGAGCGUCUCCGCGCAGGACGACGUCGCCGCCGCUCACAGGGAGAUGCGCGCCGUGGUGAUGGCACUGGAGCCCAAGGACCGGCUUGACCAGGGUCCACGCCUGCACAGGCACGGGAGCCCACUGACGGUGAACUUUGACCUGUCCCUCCCGGCGGAGCAGGAGGGCCUGCAGCCCGAGCAGCUGGUAUGCACGCCCCACACGGCGGACGGCCUUCAGCACCGCUUGCAAGAGAUUACCGACGACCUGCACAAGAUGAGGGCUGUUCUGUCGCAUCACAAAGAGAAGAUGCGCGGAUUGGAAUGCGAGGUCGUGGAAAUGGCAGCGUCGCAGAAUUGCCGAACCUCCCCCGACAGCGUCACGCUGCUCGGAAAGAAGCACGAGUUGCAGGCGCUGUGGCUGCGCAAGUACGAGCUGCAGGGCGCCGAGAUGCAACUCUCGGCGCAGAAGGAGAUGCUGGAGCAAGCGCUGGCUGGGAUGGGCGACGUGGACCCCACGUGCGCCACCUUCACUCUGCCCCCUCUCGCCGCCGACAACGACAAGAAGAGCCCGGUGCCCGCGUGGAGCUCCGCGCGGCCUCUGGCGCAGCAGGACUGGUUCCACGGCUCCAUCUCCCGCCUGGAGGCCCAGGAGCUGCUGAUGGGCGAGGGCAGUUUCCUGGUUCGCGAGAGCCACGGGAAGCCGGGGCAGUUUGCGCUGUCGGUUUGCAGCGGCGGCGCCUGUCGCCACUUCAUCAUCCAGACCGUGGAGAACCUGUAUCGCUUCGAGGGCAAAACGUUCCCCACGAUUCCAGGGCUUAUGGAGCACUACCUGUGCACCCGGCAGCCCAUCACCAAAAAGUCGGGCGUCAUCCUCGGACACCCGUGCCUGAAGGAUAAGUGGCUGCUGGAGCACGAUGAUAUCAUCCUGGGAGAGAAGCUGGGCAAGGGAAACUUCGGAGAGGUGUACGCCGGUCGCCUGAAGGCCUCAGGGGUCCACGUGGCCGUCAAGGCGUGCCAUGAGAACCUGUCGCAGGACCUCAAGAACCGGUUCCUCAUGGAGGCCAGGAUCCUGAAGCGGUACAACCACCCCAACGUCGUGCGACUCAUCGGCGUGUGCACACGGAGGACUCCCAUCUACAUCGUCAUGGAACUCGUGAGAGGUGGAGAUUUCCUGACGUUUUUGCGGAAGGAGGGCAGUCGGCUGUCCGUACCACAGCUGCUGAAUUACAGCGAGCAGGCAGCUGCAGGAAUGGCUUACCUGGAAAGCCACAACUGCAUACACAGGGACUUGGCUGCCAGGAACUGCUUGGUAGGCGAGGGCAGCGUGCUGAAGAUCAGCGACUUCGGCAUGUCCCGGCAUCAGGCGGACGGUGUCUAUUUGGCGUCAGGCGUCAUGAGACAAAUCCCCAUCAAGUGGACGGCGCCGGAGGCGCUGCAUUACGGCACAUACACGACCAUGAGCGACGUGUGGAGCUACGGCAUUCUGCUGUGGGAAAUCUUCAGCCUGGGCAGCUCCCCAUACCCGGGCUGGUCCAACAAGAUGGCGUGCGAGCAGGUGGCCAGCGGCUAUCGGAUGCCACCCCCAGCAGUCUGCCCGAACGGCAUCUACAGCCUCAUGCUGCGGUGCUGGGAGUUCCACGCGGAGCAGCGGCCCACGUUCACGGAGCUGCACCGCGAGCUCUCGCUCAUCAACCGCAAACACCACCAACACCACCAUCCACAACACCAGCAACAGCAGCAUCCAUACCAAUAGCAGCAGCAGAAAGUGUAACAGCACCAAUAUCAAUAAUCACCUGCAGUAUUUCCAAUACGAGCAGCAGCACAGGCGCCAGCGUCAGCAGUACUAACAACAUCGGCACCCGCAGCACAGUAUAGUGCCUAAGUCAGUUCUCUAAGCAGCAACGGCAUUCAGUUUUUAAACAGAUCCUCACGUUUCACAUGAAGAAUAAUGCACAUUUACCACACCAGAUAGCGACAACAUUCGAGAAGUGGUUGGGAGUUUAUAAUAGCCAUGUUGGGGGCAGCACCACUGAGUUCCUGGGAUCAAGUCUGGAAUUAGACCACCUGUGUAAUGAAACUAAUUCGUCAGGUUUAGGGAGGCAGUGAUCUCAGCCUGGUCACCGAUGAUUGUACGAAAAAAGGUAUGGGCACACUGGCAGACAAUUUGAGAUUAAUGUGUUUUUUUAGUCCUGUGUAAUCCACUAAUUCAGUCUCUGAAUCUCUGUCAAAAUAAAGUUAAGGCAUGUGAGCUGUGAGUUAUUAUAAUGGGCAUAGCUGUAUUGUUACUGAGGGGGCCUAUUUAUACAAUGGCUUAUCUAUUCACUGGAGCAGUAAUUGUAUGGGCAUACAUUUAGCACUAAACAUACAUUUUAAUUUUUAUUGUAUAUUUGAGAUUAUACUAUUUAUCCCCGUUUUGAUGCAGAUUUUAUUUUUAAUAAAAUCAAACUGGAAAAUA